AUGCCCGAGAGAAGCAUCGUGUCGUGGAGCUCUAUGCUGGCAGCGUACGCUGCCCAAGGAAGAUUCCAAUGCGCUCAAACAAUAUUCAAUGAAAUGCCGCAGAGAAACGUGGUCUCCUGGACCUCGCUCCUCUCCGCAUAUGCCCAGUAUGGGCAUAUUCCCAAAGCAAAGAAGAUAUAUUCCUCCAUGCCGGAGUGGAAUCUCGUCUCCUGGACGUCGAUGCUAGCCGCAUUCUCUCAAUCCGGCCACACACAAGAAGCCGAGAGAAUAUUCCACGAGAUGCCCGUACGGAACCUUGUGUCGUGGAAUUCCAUGCUCGCUGCGUACAGCCGGAGCUCCCAGUACGGCAUCGAGGCGAAGGAGUUGUACGAUCGGAUGCCUGGCCACAAUAUCGUGGCCUGGUGCUCGAUGCUCGUGGCGUACGGGCAACGGCGGGAUGUUAAUGGCUCGGAGGGGAUAUUCUUUUGGGCCAUGCCCGAAUGGAACCUUGUGUCGUACAAUGCAAUGCUGACUGUGUAUGUCCACAAUGGACGUGUUGAGAAUGCAAAGUGCCUCUUUUCUCAAAUGCCUCAAAGAGAUUUAAUCUCUUGGAGUUCUUUUCUUUUGGCAUAUGCCCAUUCAGGGUAUCUUGAGCCGGCUUUGGGAAUAUUUAACCAGAUGCCCGAGUGGGAUCUUGUUUCGUGGGGCACGAUGCUCUCUCUUUACGGUCAGAAAGGUGAGGUUAAUCGUGCGAUGGAGAUCUUUUACGAGAUUCCGGAACGAAAUGUGGCUUGCUGGAAUUCUAUCCUUGCGGCAUAUGCCCAAGUUGGCCAUAGAGAAAGAACAAAAACGUUGUUUGAUCGGAUGCCCGAGAGGGAUAUAAUCUCCUGGGGAACACUCUUGGCUUCUUAUUCUUUCAGCGAAACAAAACUACCAUCUUCUUUUCAAGAUGUUUCCACAAGUUUCGAUCUACUCACAAUGACCCGGCUCCCAGACGGGGCGUGCUUUGUCUCGCUCUUGGUGGCUUGCAGCGAUGGUGGCAAGAUCUUCCAAGCUCGCCGCUACUUCGUCUCCAUGAUCCACGACUUUGGAUUGAAACCCCAGAAGCAACACUACUGCUGCAUCGUAGACUUGCUAGCUCGCGCUGGACGCUUUGAUUCUGCGCUGGAUCUUGUUAGAAACAUGCCCUUUGUCCCUGAUGCUUUGGAAUGGACGUGUUUGCUCGUUUCUUCCAAGUGCCAACAACAUAAACUUUUAGACAAACUCUUCGCAAAGAACACGAAGUUACUGGAUGGUGGGUCUUUCGUUUUGCUCUCAAACGUGUGUACUACUCAGCUUUGA